AUGUUUCUCAAAAGCGGAAGCUGUAAAUCAUUUCUUUCGAAUCAAUUUCACUUUCGUGAAAAGGGCAGUUGGUCUCUUGAUAUGGAAGGCGACGAAUCAAAAGCACAGUCACAAGGGCAGGAUAGUCAGAUUACGUCACAAAAUGUACAAGUUUCUGGGAAACUAGGGUUCGAGCAAUGUGUCAAGGAAAUCCUUAAGCAGAUCGACGAAGAUGAAAAAUUCUCCAAAGUAAUAGCCGAAUUUUACGAUAGCAAGAAGUCGAACAUGACAAAACUGGUAACCGAGUUAUCACGUGUGCAUGGGGCAUUGGCUGAUGAAAAUGUUCAUUUGAUUAAAGAAGUCAACAAGAACAAAGCAAAAUCACACUCACAAGGGCAGGAUAGUCAAAAUAUGCCAGAAAACUCUUCAUUCCUUUUCGAAAAUGUGGAAGGGUUCCAGCAGUGUGUUAAAGAAAUCCUUAACGUGAUUGAGCAAGAUGAAAAUUUACCCAAAAUUGGCGAUUUCAAGAAGCCUAAAUUGACAACAAUGGUUACAGAGUUAUCUCGCAUGCACAUGGCGUUGGCUGAUGAACAUGUUCAUUUGAUUAAAGAAGUGAGCAAGAACACUCAUAAAUCUACAACACCUAUCAAAACAGAGCAUGUUGAUUCUUCUACUUCAACCUCUCCUCAAAUGAGUAAAACACCUGAAUUCAAGACACCUGUUGGUUAUGAAUUUACUCUAGACACUAGUGGAGGUGGUUUUCGUUUUUCUACAAGAGAAGGCUCAGAAUCUUCCUUCGCAUUAUCAUCAAAUCCCGAUCAGUUAGAAUCCACCAAGAAGCAGCUAAAUCCACCACUCAAGACUGUUGAAUCGAAAGUGAAAGAAACCAAAGUCCAUGACCCUGAGCCUGACGUGUCAGUGUUACGCAAAAAGAUUUCAACUCUUGAAAAAAAACAGCUUACUUUGAAGAAAAAGAUUCAGGAUUUAACAGACGAAAAUGCGAUUCUUGAAGCUGAGAAAGCUAACGCGGCUGAGCUUAAAGUUACGAUUGCUGAGACAAAUCGUAGGUAUGAAAAAAUGUUCGGUGUUCUAGAGGCCUCCAGACAGCAAGUAAUAAAAUCGGACGAAGAAAAUAAAAAUCUGAAAAAUGAGUUGACUAACAAGAUUCUCGGCAUAACUGGUCGUUUACAGACGGAAUAUGAUAAAGUAGAAGCUCAGAAUCUAAAAUUGCAUGAGGAAGUAGCGUUAGGCCUAACUGAAAUAGCAAAGCGAGAUGAACAAAUGAUAGAACUGAGUACCCAGAUUGAUCUACUAAAAAAUUCUCAUGCGACUGAAGAGGAUAGAAUGAAUAGCGAUAUUGAAAGGUUGGAAAUGGAACUUAAGGAAAAGUGUGAGUUGGUUGAUGAUCUGAACAAGAAGCAUGAUGCUCUAAAGAUAUGUACAGAUGAACUGAAACUGAAACUGAAAGGUGUGGAAUUGGAUAGCGAGAGGGAAGUGACGUCUGAAGAUGCAAUUUGAAGAUCUUGUGUAAAUGACAAUGGAUGUGUGUGUUUGGUGACGUAAAUACAAAGCAUAUGGGUUUUAGUUGUAGAUAAAGUCAAAUGCUGGUUUGACUUUGACCAUAUAGAUGCAUGUCGUGAUGAAUUUGAGAUUGGCUUAUCUCAUUAUUCAAGUGUUGAGUUUUUCCCAGUUUUAUUCUUUGUUUCCUUCUGUACGCAUACAUACACAAAGCAAUAAGAGAACCCAGUUCAUGC